AUGAGCAUCCAGCAGCCGACGAGGCGCUUUGCCCUCGCUCUCUCCUCCGGCUAUACCAGCUUCGCACCUCCCCCAUCAGCAAUUUCUGACACAAGUCUCCCGCCGAACCUCCCCCUUACCACCACACUCGCCAUCCCCGCGACGCGCCGGUCAAAAUGGUCCCUGAGCAACCUCAACCCCUUUCGUACCAAGGCACCCGAGAAGACUCCAGCCUCCGAUCUCGAUGAUCCGAUGAUUAGGAGACGGAUGAUGGAGGACAGUGCGACCCCCAAGCUCUCCGAUUCCAUCUUCGAAGACGAGGUUUCCGCCGUUGAACAAAAGCGUCGGCAGUCCGGUAGGGCCGAGCAGCAGGUUCCUAUCCGACCGCAGCACCUCGCCCCGACCUCCGACCCCGAUCCUCAGAGUAGGCAGCGCUGGGAACGCAAAAUGGUGAUCCGCAUGGUCCGUCGCAACGGUGCCGAGACGCGCUCCGAAAUCAUCCGCCGCACCGAGCGAGAGAUGAGGUAUCGCUCGCCUUACCUAGCCACAUCGGUAAAGAAGCUCGUCCACCUUGCGCGCCAGAUUACAGACCGACCCCUCGAGGAUGCCUUGAUCCAGAUGCAGUACUCCAAGAAGAAGAUGGCGAGGAGGUCCGCCACCACCUCGAGCUCGCGCCCCAAGAAGAUCAAGUCCAAGGACGGAAGCUGGCUCAUCAUCAGCGACCCUUCCAGGAUCUACAUCGCCCAGGCCUGGGUUGGCCGUGGUCCCUGGCGUGGAUCGCGCCUUGUCCAUCUAGGUCGCGGCCGCAAGGGAACGCACCAGAAGCCCAGCACCAGCAUUUCCUUUGUUCUCAAGGAAGAGAAUACUCGAAUCCGCGAGUAUGAAGAGCGCCUCGCUAAGGAGAAGAAGCAGGGCCCCUGGAUCCAUCUCCCUAACAGGCCGAUCAGCGCCCAGAGGCAGUACUACACCUGGUAA